CCCGGUGUCUUCGAAGUCGCGAAUGUCGUUUUCCGCAAGUACACGACUCGCUGUGUGGAUGGAUGGUCCUCCUGCCCGCCCAAGAUAAACAGAAGAAAGUGGCUGUUUGCUGAGCCUGAUGAUAGCAGUCGACCGGCACUCAACACACGCGCUCCGACACACGUUUAGCGAACAAGUGAGAGACUCUGCUGUUUCCUCGUAGAAACCUUGUCAUCUCGAGUGGCAAGCCCAAUCCCCUUCUUUUUUAACUCUGUGUGUCUCCAACCUGCCCAGCAACCAACGGUCUUUUCAACCCUUUCCAGUCAGGACACAGCGCUCCGGGUGAAACCACAAGAUUUACGUGCUUUGGCACCUGAUUCAGUGCCAAUCUCGCUGCUUGUGAACGUGGAAAGAAACAGUUGAAACGUAGCUUCCUUUGCGCACUUUGGUGUGCAGUGGCAGAACGAGCACACCGCUUUAUGCGCGAUGAUCUUAUGCGUCCACAUUGCCAUAACUCGAAUCGAGUAAACAGGCACGUUCAAGUGCCUAGAACACUGAAUACAAAUCCAUUGUGGAGAAACUGGAGAGACAACAGAGCAUGCAAUGACACGCUACCGUAAAACCCCGAGUUUCCCUUCUUCACUGCCACGGCCGCCCUUUCAGUUCUCCACGAAAACGCGUAGAAACACUUUUUUUCCCCGCCGCUUGCUCUCUUUCUCCUCUCUAGCGAUUUUUUCGUUCAACGCUCGGCCAAGGGGAACUGGCGUUUCUGUUCCAGCUAAAUACACGCUUCUUCUUCGACUUUGCCCCCGUUGUGCUCUCCGUGCCACACCAGCGACGGUUGACCCGCCAACGACGCCGCGUGAGCCUUCUUCGUGGCUUCCAGAGCGCGGGGUAGAUUGUCGCGCUUUGUUUUUUUGCUUUUCCCUUCUCCUUCACGCUCUUCUUUUGCAUGCGAGAGGAAACGUUCCGGCCCGUGGUCUACACACCGCUUCUUUCUCCACGAGGCACUUGAAAGAUUUAUCCCGCGCUCCCCGGUGCUCGUCUCGUCUCUUGAGUUCUCCGAAACAGCCAGCAGCCAAGACCGAGCUCACUUUUCCGCCGGAGCAGCUAGGUAUCCCCAAACCAUUUGAUUCGUCUUUCUUCGCCCCGGAGCAGCUGAAUCUUGCGAACGUUCCUUAAAAAAUAAGACAGGGAAUCGCCGUAACCCCGGGACCCGGGCCUGUACCGCUCUUCAACGGUUUCUCGAAGAAGACGCGCCUCUCUGUCACUUUGUCUUUCCCCUUUCUCUGUCUACUUCGUGGUUGUUCGAGGUUCCAAGGAAGAGGAAAAGGGGGCCUAACUUUUCGCCUUCCGCUUCUUUGCGUCCCCAGUUCCGCUGUCUAUACCGCCUCCACCAUUACGUGUCGACCGCCGGUGAUAACAAAGGAGCUCUUUCUGGAAAUGCCUUCCUUCCUGAGAACUUGCAAGAACGAAGGAUAUCCUUCUGUGUAAAAAUCCGUGAUAAGUCGCCCUAACCGAUAACACCAUCGUCCACAGCUGCACAGAAACAACGUACAAAUUCCUAUAUACGUAUAAGUAUAUAUAUAUAUAUAUAUAUAUAUAUAUAUAUAAUUUUUGGUGUAUAGUUCAUUGAUGUCACUAUCUGGCUGUGUCACUGCAUUGAAGCAUUGGCUGUACUUGAGGAGUUGAAAAUGAGUUCGGCACAGCGAAGGGGAGUCCGAAAGAUGAGCGUGUCGCGUCUCUCUUCUUUCUCUUAGAACACCCGGACAUGGGAGCUGCUUUUCCACACAGUCGCCCCCUCUGGUCUACCGUUUUUCUCUUUUUUCAACUUCCAUCUUCGUCUUCUCUCUCGCAUAUCUGCUAACCUUGGUCUCUCUCGCCGUCUCCGCUGCCUCGUUUUCGCGAGGGCCUUCCCUGAGUCAACAUGUCGUUUUCCUCAUACGCCGCGGACGCCUCGCUGGGGCGCGACCGCGGUCGAGCCGAGGGCCCUGGAGCCCAAGGCUUCAAGGAGCGCUCCUCUCUAUCUCCUUCCGGAGCUGGUGACCGGCGGCUGUCGGGAUCGAGUGAAGGCGAACGCGCCUCGGACCGCGUCGACGAUGGUCGUUCUUCACCUGCGCCAGCUGUCCCUGCUGCGGACUGUUCUUCUUCCUUGCAACCAUCCAUUUACUGGAACACUGCGUCUCUCUCUUCUCGCCCUUCUGGUCGACUUCCCUACUCCGCAGUUUCUUCUUCGACUGCAGAUGCACACGCCGCCUUCUCGGGCGUCUCCUCCUCCUCCAUGUCUUCCUCGCAGUGGCUGCCUGGCGAGGCCGGAGAGAAUCCGUUCUCGGCUGCAUGCAACACCCAAGAAUGGAGUCGCGUCACUGACGUCGGACAUUCUCCGCGCCUUCCUCGCGACGUCGACCUCCUCGGCGCCAGCGUCCACACCCUCGCCGCCAGCACCUGCUACGACGGCGCGAGCAGCGCGCUCUUCUAUCCGAAUAUAAGACUUUCUUCUGGGCCUGCCCAGGGAAGCAAUCCAUUUGCGGCGCCUGUAGGGACCGAGGGAGACCGCAGCAGGUGGAGAGACCGCGACCAGGCCUUUGGUGUAGCGCCUAGGGUCGAUGCUCUUCGUGGAUACACAGGCAACAUGUCGCGCCCCAGAGUCUUAGGAGAAACCGCCUACGAUCCACAUGCGUACUUCGCACAAGAUGAAACUACAGAGAUACACUCCCCAGCGGAAAGUGAAAGCCGCGGUUCGUAUCAGCCGCCCUGUUUGUCUGCGUUCACGGCGUCCGCGUCUUCCGCGCCGCUGCGCAUGUCGGAGGGUGUUUCGCUCUCGCGCGGAACUGCUGCCUACGCGUCGUCAGUGUCAUCCCGUUCGCGACUCGCGUCCACACCUGCUCGCGAGUCCGCGCCUGGCGGCUUGUUCCCGCAGGAAACGCCUUCUGAGUCCUCCAUGCGACACACCUCUACGUCGGACUCGACUCAGAGGUUGAGACGCCUGGCGUCUGCCUCUGAAGAAUUUCCAGAGUGGUGCGUCAGCUGGGAGCAUCCUUUUCUGAAACGCAGUCCACUGGACGUCAGUCGCGGACCCCUGCCUCGGAGAAGGUGCACGGACCUCUUCUUCUUUGUCCUUCUCCUCUGCUGCUGGACUGCAUGCGCUGCGGCGCUGCUCCUUCGCCUUGCUCCUUCAGCCUCGCCUCUCGCCCGCCUUUCCGCCGGUAUCGACUGGACAGGCCGCGUCUGCGGCUACGACCCCGGCGUCGAAGACUUUCCGCUCGUCUACUGGCCUGCAAAGAAACAACCGGAAACACCCAUUGACCAGGAACUCUCUGCAUGCAGCAUCCUCCCUGUCUGCACCAAGCGCUGUCCAGUUUCCUUUUCGUCUGAGAGAGAGAAAGGAGUCUGUCCGCCCGACACCGAGGCUGCAGGACUCUGCACCUGGUACAGUGCAGGUCCGGCAGCGCUGCUGCUUCGCCGCUACUGCCUCUUCGUGGACGCGGACGGAAAGGCGCAAGACCACGGUCUCCUCUCUUCCUGGGUUCGGUGGGUCGCCGACGUCGACCUCGCCUGGCCGCUCGUGCUCGCUGCUCCCGCGGCUGCACUUCUUCUCGGCUAUUUCUUCUUGUGGCUCCUACAAAAAGCCGCACACGCCGUCGUUGCCGGCCUCGUUCUCCUCCUUGAGGUUCUGCUGCUCGGCGCGGCCUACGAAUUCUACUGCGCCUAUGCCGCCUCGAGAGCCUUGCUCCUUUCGUCGUCCUUUUCUCCGAACACACACCCUUUCGAUCUCUCCUCUCCGAUCGACACUGCCUUCGUUCCCCUUUCUUCUCCUGCUGCUCUCCCUGCUUCGUCUCUCUCUUCUUCUCUCCCUUCUUCUCUCCCUUCUUCGCUCUCUUCUUCUCUCCCCGUUUCUCUUCCUUCUUCACUCUCUUCACUCUCUUCGCUCUCUUCUUCGGAGUCUCUGAGCAAGUCGGCGUUUGUGGGGCUUCCGUUGGCGGUCGGGUCCGGCGCGGGGAAUUUAUUUCUAAUGUGUCUGUGUUGUCUCGCGGCUCUUCUAGUCGCGUUCUUCGCGCUUUUUUUCCGGCGAGAACUGCACGUUUCGACGUCCGUUCUGACGGCCUCUGCGACGCUGCUGCAGCAGGCGCCGUCGAAGUUCCUUCUUCUCGUGCCCCUGGCGGCCGCGACUGCUCUCGCCUCCCAGGGCGCGCUCGUGGUUGCCGCCGUCUCGCACCUUGCGGCUCUCGGGCCGAUUCCGACCUUGCCAAUCAGCGCAUGCAUUCCCUCCUUGAGUCCGUGGGUGCGAUUGCCGCUUCUUUCCUCGUCCUCGGUGGCGCUCCUUCUCGCGCUCCUCUUCGUCGCCCUCUGGACAGGCGCUUUCCUCAACGCCAUUUCGCGGAUGAUCGUCUCCUAUUUCGCCUCCGCUUGGUAUUUCAUGCCUCGCCACAUGCACGGUCGUCGGGAAUGCUUGAAAGCGAAAGCGGCGGAGGCAGUCAAGGUCGUGUUUUCCUACCACCUCGGCUCGGCUGCUCUUGGAGGCCUCAUUCUCUCUUCUGUGCAAAUGCUGAAACUUCUCUUUGGCUGGGCGCGCUAUCGAGCAGUGCGCCGCAACCACUCAGUCUUCAAGCGGAUUUUGUGCCGAGUCUCCAACUGCGUCGCGUGUCUGUACACCCCAGUCAAGUUUGUGACGCCCACGGCCUUCAUCUUCGUCGCGCUCCUCGGCCAGCCGUUUCUGCAGGCUUCGUGGACGGCGAUCGCGACGCUAACAAGGAAUCCUGCUGCCACCGCGUUCGUGUGGCAGAUCGGCUGGCUGCUGCAACUCGUCGGCCAGCUCUCGAUUUCCAUUUGCGUCGCCUGGUGUACAUACACCCUGCUGCCGAUGUUUCCAAACACGUACAGCCAGUUGUCUUCUUUGUGGGCGCCAGUCUUUGUGGCCUUCGUCUUGUCACUCUACGUGGCCAGCAUCUGCAUGCACGUCUUUGGCUUGGCUGCCGACACACUCCUUCAGGCGUUUUUGGCCGACCGAGAAAUGUCUUUGCAAGAUGGAAAAUACACUGCGGAGCACGCGCCUGCAGCUCUCCGGACUCUGGAUCGUUACAUGCUUCGGACUCGUCCUCAGGGGCGCCUGCGUCGCGUCUAAUGUUUUCUUUUCAAGUAUUUCGCUUUUUUAGUCUCCUCGAUUUUUUGUCUCUUGCGCGCGCGUUUCUCCUCUUGGAUUGUCUCUUUUCACUUGUUUCUCCGUCUCAUCGCCCAUCGCGUUUCUUUCUUUGGACGAGGAAUUCGUCUUUUCUGCGAAGACUCAACUUGGGGUGAGUGGACGGGAGGCAGUUCUGCCUGUGGAGAAGCAUUCCUCUUCUGAUGUUUGCGUUUUUCGAAGAAAUUCAACUCGUGAAGGAGUUUCUCUUUCUGGGGAGAGAUGCAUACAUCUCCUGGAGGCCUGCCGCAUCUACGCAUGCAUUCUCCUUCUCUUCCGUUCUACAUAUGUACCCCGGUACAUACGUAUACAGACAAAUGCAUACCCAUAUCCAUAGAGACACACGUCCAUGUUUAUGUAGAGUGGUGUUAUCUGUGAACGAACUGAGUAUCUCUCUUUCGCAGAAGUCGAACUGUUUUGCGUAGAUGAGAAAGGACAGUAGAAGAAGUAGCAACCCAUGACACGUGAGAAUGCCAGUUCGCUGUUGUUGCGCGUUUUUUUCUGGAUUCGGGCGGCUCCAGCGCCGUCGGUGUGUGGGGAGAAGUUUUUUGCUGGGGAAAGUUAGGACCUUUCUUCAUCCCUUCACAAUACAUGCAAAACUCGACUGACGGGGAAGCCGACCGAACGCCCAGCUUGCUCCUGAGACUGACUAUGCCACCUGGGGACCUAGUAGAGACACACACAACCUCUCAUUCUCUCGCUCUGAUUCUACAUUCCUAUCAAAGUACAAAUAUAUAUAUGUAUAUAUAAACAUAUUUACCAAUAUAUGUAGAGGUAGCAUGGUAGUGAACUAGUUACAUUCCCGAAAGAGGAAUAGACAUCUGGGCGCGUGCGACAUCGCCAUAUGUAUGUUCCUUCAUUCUACAAGUCUACUCGAAGCUAUAUCUGUACUCAUAUAUAUAUAUAUAUAUUUGUUCGUGUGAAAAAACUGUGAGUCACGUUUGAUGCUAGAUGCCCCUGGACGAUGGUCACCUGACCAACAAGAGGUGGGUGUAGCAGAACGGUUCUCUCACUCCUUUUUCUGCUUGUGGUCUUGAUUCGUGUUUCACACGGAAGGCCGCUCACGAGGUUGUCUCUCCUGGAUCUUUUGCGGUCGCUUCAGAAAACGUUUUUUCACCUCUGUAGUGUGCGAGGGAAACUGGACCUUGACGAAAGCGCGCCUGCACACUUUACUUUUUUCUGUUUAACUUGACGCGAAUCAGUCCUCGGA